AUGUCGACAUCUUUACUGGUUCAAAAUCCCGCUAUACCAUGCUUUGCAGUCACUGGUGAUUAUUGUCCAUCUUCAUCUACCCGAUCUACGCAUACCCAACCAUUUCCACAACUUAUUGGCUUACCUGUGCCUAUCCGACUAGUAUUCAAUAAUCCUGAACAAUCAAUAAGUCAAUCUCAUUUUUCACUAUUUCCAACUGGUCAAAGUGCUGAUACUACAACACAGAGUCAUCAUCAAGUUAGUUUCACCGGGGACUGCUGCUUUACAAAUAAUAUUAUAACACCUGUAACUGUUAAUAAUAAUAAUAAUAUGCCUCGUCAUUCACGAUCCAAUGAUAAUCAUCAAGAGAUUGAAGCACCAGUUUUCACUGAACCACUUGGUCCAGUUGCUACAGGUUGUAAACGUGAUGCCUCUGCAUUAUCAGCCAAUUGUACAAUACCUCCUAUAACAACAACAACUACAACAGCAAAUUUACCAUUAGAUUCUAAUGAUCAAUGCACUAUAUAUCUUCCUCCGAAACCGAAAGAAUCUGAAAGGAUGAUGCAUAUUCAACGGUGGGUGAAUCAUCUACCUUGGAAUGCUAAUAAUGUAUGUGAUGCUUCCGGUAGAUCUCAUGUACCUUAUCCUAUUCCUCUACGUCCUCAUAUAGAUGAGGAUCGUGAAUUAACACCUCCCCCUGGUCGAAAUUAUUUAACUCGACUACCAUUUACAGCUGAAGAACAACAAGCUAUGGUACGAUUUUUUCCUUCGCAUACAAAUCAAUAUAGACAUCAACAUCAAGCUCAUGCUGUUCCGGAUCCUCAACCUCGAUAUCAACAUCCAUUUCCUAAUCACUGUGCAAAUCAACAAACCUCUAAUAAUAAUAAUAAUCACCAUUUUUCUUCAUCACAAAGACCUAGUCAAGAAGCAGGUAAUGUUUUCACACCUACUGGUGUUCGGCAUAUACCUGAAUAUAUAAAUGAAAAUAGUCGAAAACGUGGACAAGAAGAUGUUACUGGUGGUGGUGCGGGUGCUGGUGCUGGUGGGAGUCGAUUAUUCGCUGACUGGGAGACAAGAUUAAUUAGUCGCCUUUUUAAAGAAUUCUUCCAUGGAAAUCCUAAGCCUACUGGUGUCUGUGGUACACUACCAUCACUUAGUGAAGUACGAUCUCGUAUAGCUACGUCAAAAUUAAAAGAGACUAGAACACCUACAGCUGUUCGAUCAAAAAUCCGUCGUAUGCAAUCCUCUGGCACAUGGUUAAAGUAUCAAUGA